GUAAAGGUACAAAUCUAUUUUUUCUCUUCACUUUUCUCUAGGAGAAAUUCAAUACAUAACACACUGUUGGAGCAAAAUGUCUUCAUACUCAGAGCAAACAUGGUACAGCGUAUAUGACUCAGUUUCUGUCGUACAGAAUGCCCUUCAGGGUACUGUUCUCUAUCAGGAAGCUCCAGCCUCUCAAUCUAGCGAUAAUCAAAGUCCUUCUUAUGCUAUAACACAAUAUCUACUGAGAGAGGUGCCAGAAUUUUGGCGACUUCCAAAGCUUCGGCAGAAGGCAAAGUGUCAGAAGGGCUGGGAAAAUCCGGAAGGCGACCAAUUCUUUGAGAAGCAGCGUAAAACAGCAGAUAAUGCUGACAAAAAGACGGCCAAGCAUUUCUUCAGAAUGAUGAAGAAUAUAGGGCAUGAUAUGCACCAAAUGACUGAUGUUUUCUGCAUCAACGGCCUCAAUCCAGACAAGCAGGCUAUCCUUGAUAUGUGUGUGGCACCAGGAGGCUUUCUUGCGACAGCAUUGAGGAUUAAUCCCCAAGCCCGGGCUAUUGGAUUCAGUCUACCAAAAUCUGAAGGAGGUCAUAAUGUUCUUUUACCUAAACAUCACAAUGUUUCACUGAAGUUUCUCGACAUUACUUUGUUGGCUACAGAUAUGGGCCGGUUGGAUAUCCCCAACGGUCACCCAGAUGCAGGAAAGUUCUUACCUCGUCAAUUUUCUUCUGAACAGAGAUUUGACCUAGUCAUAUGUGACGGCCAAGUACUAAGAACACACGAGAGGGCCACCUACCGUGAGCAUCGUGAAGCCAGAAGACUGACCUUGACACAACUGGCGCUUGGAUUAGAGCAUGUCAAGUUAGGGGGAACUAUGAUUGUUCUACUUCACAAAGUCGAAUCAAGAAGAUAUGGGAUGUUGCAACAUUUGGGACAGACGAUAUGUACCACCAAACUCUCCAUGAGUAUAGUGUGGACAUUGAUCUCUUGUUAAGAGAUUUUGGCCCCAGAUUAGCCAUGUUAGGUAAGCAUGUUUGGAGUAUUCAGGCAGAUGCACUAGCGAAAUCUCCUUUCGUCAGACACAGUGCAUUGUCUAAUGGAGCGCCGAAUAUUUGAUGGUUAUUGUACAGGAUUGAACCAGUGGCAUUAGGACACUUGCUCGAUGGAAAGAUGCAUGUAAUGCUAGCAACCUGGCCAGUGAAUUUAGAAAG